GCGCCGAGCGCAUUAGCCUCCCCCGCGCGAGCACUCCGAGCCGGACGGACGAGCCGAGAGUCAGUCAGUCGGUCGGUCGGUGUCUGUGCAAGCUUGCGAGGCUUGUUGUUCUCUCUCUCUUUCUUUCUCUUUUUCACACAUUUCUGUCUCUUCUUCGGAAUUUUUCGAGGAGCAGCAUAUCGGCGGUAGUAGCAGCCGUAGCAGCAGUCGAGGCCGGUUCGACGAUCAACGACGACAGACGACAAAGGCGCGCCUGUGAGACAGACGUGAACGCACGUUAUUUAAUUACGACGGGGAUCAUCCGCGGGAAGGGACGAAUCUCCGAAUACCGAGGACCAUAAGAGCAUCGGAGGAGAGAGAAAUAACAAGCUUGGAAAAGCUCCUUUACUCGCUUCCGAGCGAAAAGUUGGGGCUGAACAUAAGGAUACGGGCGACCCUUUUGUUCACGUUACAUAAUUCGAUACGUAGAUUUUUUUGUUUUUUUUUUUUUGGUUUUUUUUUCGUUUCGGGACGAUUUGACAAAGUUUAGUAUACAAUAGACAAGGUGGCAGAAUGUCGUCGUCUGCGGUAGCCAAAGCAUCGAAGUACACGUACCGCUCGUCUGGCGGUGGACAGGCCGACGUCAGCAUCGAGUACAGCGCCGACCUGAGCGCUCUCACCAGACUCGAGGACAAAAUCCGCCUCCUGCAGGAUGACCUCGAGUCCGAGAGGGAGCUGCGUCAGAGGGUAAGUGCUCGAGCUCUUCCUCGAAAGUUUCGUUUGCUUGGGGUCGAGGAGCUGCGCAGGAAGUACUCGGCGCGCAUUCAAGAGCAAGAGGAGCAGAUCGAAACUCUGCUCGUGAAGAUCAACAACCUCGAGAAGCAAAAGUCGCGCCUGCAGUCCGAAGUCGAGGUCCUCAUCAUCGACUUGGAGAAGGCCAACGGAACCGCUCGGGAGUUGCAGAAGCGCGUCGAGCACCUCGAGAAGACCAACAUCGACCUCAAGUCCCGGCUCGAGGAGACCAUCAACCUGUUCGAGGCCAGCCAACGCGACUUGCGCAACAAGCAGCAGGAGCUCCAACGCACCGUCGCCGAGCUGGACAAGACUCGCGAGCAGAAAGACCAACUGGCCCGCGAGAACAAGAAGCUGGGCGACGAUCUUAGCGAUGCUAAGAACCAGCUGGCUGACAUGAACCGCAGGCUCCACGAGCUCGAGCUGGAACUCCGUCGCCUGGAAAACGAGCGCGAAGAACUAGCUGCCGCCUACAAGGAAGCCGAGGCUGGACGCAAGAUCGAGGAGCAGCGUGCGCAGCGCCUGUCCGCCGAGCUGAGCCAACUGCGUCACGAGACCGAGCGCCGUAUCGCAGAGAAGGACGAGGAGAUCGAGGCCAUCCGGUGA